AUAAACCCAAACUGAGGGAGGAAUUUCCUAUUUGCAUUUCUUUUCUGCCCUAAAAACACCAAAUUUGCAAUUGCCCCAGUUCGUAGUCGCAAUUGCCCCAAGUUCGUAGAAGCGACUGCCCCAACUACUCGCAAUUGCCCAAUUGCUAUAAUAGGCCUCUGUGGAAUCAAUACUCAGCCAGGGUUACUUGGGAGUAUGAAAAACGUUGACAGUUGAGCCUUUCUUGUCGGUUCUUACUGGUUUUGGUUCUAAGUUUGGCUAAUGCUUAUCUGGAAGCAUACUUUUGGGGUUUCAAUGUUUACUUUCAUUUUAUGCACUAGUAGAGGAAUUUGAGUCAGCUCAGGUUCUCCAGAUUACUGAUGGAUUGCAACAAAGAAGAGGCCAUUAGGGCCAAGGGGAUUGCUGAGAAGAAGAUGGAAAGCAAGGAUUUUGCAGGGGCUCGUAAGAUUGGUGUGAAGGCACAACAACUCUAUCCUGAUCUGGAGAACAUAUCUCAGAUGCUUAUGGUGUGUGAAGUGCAUUGCUCUGCUGAACAGAAAUUGUUUGGGAAUGAGAUGGACUGGUAUGGCAUUCUUCAGAUUGAUCAGAAAGCAGAUGAACUGACAAUUAAGAAGCAGUACAGAAAGUUUGCUCUCCAACUUCACCCUGACAAAAACAAAUUUUCCGGUGCAGAAGCUGCUUUUAAGCUGAUAGGAGAAGCACAAAGAAUACUUUUGGACCGUGACAAACGUAACAUGCAUGACAUGAAACGCAGGGCUUCUGUUAGUAAAACAAAUGUGCAGUAUCGACCCCCAAUGAAGGCGAGUUGGAAUUCAAAUAUUCACAACUUCAGAAGCAAUCUGUCAGGCAUGAAUCCUCAGAACCAGCAGCAACAGCAGCCCACUUUUUGGACUAUGUGCCCAUUUUGUGAGGUUAAGUACCAGUAUUAUAGAGCAACUGCCCUGCACAAAUCUCUUACUUGUCAAAGCUGCAAGAAGCCCUUCAUUGCAUAUGAGACAAAUGUGCAAGCACCACCAACUACCAUCAAUCAGCAGGCAUACCCCCAGCAAAAAUGUGGUUUCAGCAAAGUUGAAAUGAAAUCUCAGGGGAACUUUACUGCUGAAAAACCCAAAUCUGAAUCUUUUCAAAAGAGUGGUCCGAAGGUAGGUGGUUCUUCUGGUAUUGGUUCAGAAAAGGUGAACCGGAAGAGAGACAGAAAGGGAGACAGAAAGCGUGUGGUAGAAGCCAGUGAAAGCAGUGACUCUGAAAGCAGCGCCGACUCUGAAGAAGAUGUGGUCGUUGAUACGGAUGGUGUUCAUCAGGGAUAUUACGGGGAGCAACCUAGGAGAUCUGCACGGAGUAAGCAGCAGGUAUCUUAUAAGGAAAAUCUAAGUGAUGAUGAUGACAUUCCUAUAUCAAAAAGGGGGAAGAGGAGUGGAUCCUCAUGUGCCACUGAAGAACAGAAUGAAGAUGCUUCUAAAGAGGAGGAAUCUAAAAUGAAUGGCCAAUCUGAGGCUAACACCAAAGGAGAUGAGAAAAAGGUGCAACAGAAAGAUAGUGCUUGUCUUGAAGAGUCAUCGAAGGUUCAGGCCAAAAAGAUGGUGAACGGUGAGAAAAGUUCAGAAAGUAAAGAGAAAGUUCAUGAGAAUUCUGCAUCAGAUACAAGCUCCCAUGAGAAAAUUGCAGAGCCACUGUAUUCUGUUCCCCAAAAUGACUUCAAUGACUUUGACAAGAUCCGGACGGAAGAAUGUUUUAAAGUUGGGCAGCUCUGGGCUGUUUAUGAUAAUCAAAAUGGGAUGCCAAGAUUUUACGCUAGGAUUAAGAAACUUAACGCUCCCGAGUUCAAGGUGCAUAUAACCUGGCUGGAGGCGGACCCUGAUGAUGAUAAUGGGAAAAAAUGGGCAAAUGCAAACUUGCCAAUUUCUUGUGGUAAAUUCACACAAGGCCAGUCUGACACCACAGAAGAUAUUGGGAUAUUCUCUCAUUUGAUAUCUUGGGAGAAGAUUAAAAAUACUUACAAGAUAUAUCCAAGAAAGGGAGAGACUUGGGCCAUUUUUAAGGACUGGAAUGUGAACUGGUGCUCUGAUCUGGACUCCAAUUGUAAGCGUGAGUUUGAAUAUGAGUAUGUUGAAAUUUUGUCAGAGUAUGCUGAGGGUGUUGGAAUACGUGUUGCACUCUUGGAGAAGGUGAAUGGCUUUGUGAGUGUUUUUUGUCAAAUGGUGGAAGAAGGAAAAGGCACGUUUCAAGUUCCACCAGGUGAAUUAUUGAGGUUCUCUCACAGGCUUCCAUCCUUUAAAUUGACUGGUGAUGAAGGAGUAGGAGUGCCAUCAGGAUCUGUUGAGCUUGAUCCCGCCUCUAUGCUCUUUAGUGCUGAGGAAAUUGAAGCAAGAGACAAGAAAAGUAGUACCAGUGAGUUAUUUUCUAGAUGGUCAGAUAUAAGGAAACCUAUGAUGGGGAAUGUAGCUACACACCAGGGCGAUCCGAAGAUCAUAAAUUUGGGGCCUGAACAUAAUAAACCUAAUCAAGAUCAUGAUGCUCAUGAAGAAGUGUCAAUUGAAGUUCCAGACCCUGAAUUUUACAACUUCGAUGCUGAUAAAUCCCUGCAAAAAUUUGAGAUUGGUCAGAUCUGGGCAUUGUACAGUGAUGAAGAUGGCUUGCCCAAAUACUAUGGACAGAUCAAAAGGAUUGAUUCUAGGAAAUCUAAAUUGAAGAUUUUGGUUGCAUGGCUUGAAUGCAGCUCACUACCAGAAAAUUCGAUGGAGUGGCGUGAUGAAGAGAUGCCUAUUUCUUGUGGGAAAUUUGAGGUUAAAAGGAAUCAAGUCCAAGAUUAUGAUUCUACCAUGUCCUUUUCACAUCUAGUCAAAGCAGUUCCUGUUAGUAGAACUGAAUUUGAUAUCUUGCCCAAGAGUGGGGAGGUUUGGGCAUUAUAUAAGAACUGGACUCCUGAUAUCUCGACUUCUGGCUUGGCAACCUGUGACUAUGAUAUAGUCGAAGUGUGCGAGGACAAUGGUUUGCAAAGAAAGGUACUGAUUUUAAGGCGUGUGGAUGGCUUCAACUCAGUUUUUAAAGUUGAAGUUAAAGGAGGAUCAGCUGAAACUAUGACCAUCCCCAAGGUUGAGCUUCUCAGGUUUUCUCAUAGCAUUCCUUCUUUCCGGCUAACAGAAGAGAAAGGUGGCAGCCUUAGAGGCUGCUGGGAACUUGAUCCUGCUGCUUUACCGGUCCGAUACUUUAGUCAGAAGUGAAUUGGCGAAUUGGCCCUCAUGCCAUAUAGUGCACAUGCAGCAUUUAUCCGAUAGCUCUCAAGCCAGGGGGUCUCUUUUCCAGGUGCUGGUUUGGAAGAUGGAAUGAUUUUGGGAGAAGAUUCUAAUAUAUAAAGCGGAAUGAAGCCUACCCGGUCACUUGUGAAGAAUGGUCAGUCUUUUGAUCAGUGUACUCCGAGGGAGGUGAACGUUCCCAGCUAACUUCUUUGCAGCCCAUGAAUUUUGCUCAUUUUCUCUUGGUGGAGAGCAGUUGGCUCUGUGCUGGUUUUAUGUUACUUUUGGAACUCCUUGUUUAUCAAUCCUCUAAACUUCUUCAGUAACUGAUGAUGUUGGUGCUGAAGUUACGGGUGAUGUUGGAAUGCCAACCAUCAAUGGAUGAUCUGAACUUUUUCAUCUCAAGAAUGUUGUUUUCCUAGAAAUUUGUAUCAGCAAACAUUAUUUCGGCUGUUGAAAAAGUGGUCGCAUGCCGCCAAUGCUUUUCUUUUCUUGUA